GGUGAAAUUAGGGUACCUCGCGAGCGCGUUCCAGUCACACAGAGUUCAGCGUCCAACAUGUCACGGAGUAAAUUAGUCUAGCGAUACUUUCAUCAUUUUUUUAAGGGAUUACGCGACGUAAACAAUCUUCGGAAAUUGGAAACUGUUGUCUCUUGGAUAAGUAUAUAGCGUGUUGUUCUUCCUGAGGGCUCGCUCGUGCUGAUGAAGUUCCCCAGAGCGCGGGAAGCUCGCGCGUCGCCGUGUGGACCCGCGCGUGCCCAGGGCACGCAGAGCGUGGCGGGAAGGUCAGCUUGAGCUCGUGACACUCGCUGGACUGAGCGCGCGAGGAUGCCGGUACGACGAGGGCACGUCGCGCCGCAAAACACUUUCCUCGACACGAUCAUCAGGAAAUUCGAGAGUCAAAGUAGGAAGUUCAUCAUAGCGAACGCGCGCGUGGAGAACUGCGCCAUCAUCUUCUGCAACGAUGGCUUCUGCCACAUGUGCGGCUACACGCGGGCCGAGGUCAUGCAGAAGCCCUGCACCUGCAGCUUCCUCUACGGCACACACACACGCCGGCUGGCCAUCGCCCAGAUGGCGCAGGCGCUGCUCGGCUCCGAGGAGAGGAAGGUGGAGAUCGCGCUCUAUCGGAAAGACGGUGUGUGUUUCCUGUGUUUGGUGGAUGUGGUUCCUGUAAAGAAUGAAGAUGGCGUGGUGAUCAUGUUUAUUCUGAAUUUUGAGGUCAUGCCGGACGAUAAACUGCACGACCCGCAGGAUCUGAAUCACAAGCUGCCUCUGCUGUGGCGUCACUCCAAUCGCGCCCGAGGCAUCCGUUUACGCCUCCCCCUCCUGAACUCCCGGAACAACAGUAAAUCUUCUCUGCGGGAGGAUCCCGAGGCAGGGCGAGGAACGGGUUUCCCCUGCGGCUCCGGUCGACAGAGCCCCGAAUCCCUGGCGCUGGGCGAGCUCCUCUCGCUGCCAGAACACCAGCGCCCCCGUGUGGCCACCGGCUCCACCCGCUCCACCGGCCUCGUGACCCCACCGUCCUCUCGGGACCUGUUGGGCAGCGACCCCUCGUCUCCUCCUCCGGCCCCCCCGCACCCCGUCACGCUGCCUCUGGGUCAGUCCUCGCCUCGACCGCGCCGGCUCGACCCGGACACCACUGUGUCCAACUGCAGCCUGAGCAACAGCCGCUCGCGCGAGAGCUUUCACAGCAUGCGGCGCGCGUCUUCGGUGGACGAUAUCGAGGCCAUGCGGCCGGAGUGGGAGCGGAAGCACCGAACCCGACCCAUAUGCAGCAGCACGGGAGCCGUGAACAACAAGUCCAGCAUCCUGAACUCUACCUCGGACUCAGAUCUCAUGCGUUACCGCGCUAUCAGCAAAAUCCCCCAGAUCACGCUCAACUUCGUGGACUUUAAAGCGGACCCGCUCAUCUCCCUCCCGCCCGGAGACAUGGACAUCAUCGCUCCCUGCAAACUCAUCGACCGCACACACAACGUCACAGACAAAGUCACUCAGGGCUUCAUCAAUGCUUUUAAUGCAAAUGCGUUUGAGAUAAACCUGUUCAUGCAUCGAUUCCCUGGGAAUGACCCCAUGACCCUGAAUGACCCCAUGACGCUGAAUGACCCCAUGACCCUGAUGUUUGACGACUCCGUAACUUCAGUGUCUUCAUCAGUCCUCAUCAGAGAAGAGUUAAACGCUCAUCUUUCCCCCCGACGGCCGUAA